GUCAAGUAGACAAGUGGAUUCAAUGAGGAAGUGAGAUGCUCCCCGUCCGAAAAGAUGGUGUCCUCCACAGCAUAGAGCUAUAUAAAUACAAAUAAAUGAGCGGUAAAUAGUUAAUUUUUUAAAUCGACAAGAUGAAAUGUCUGCUGUCUGAAUGUCUGGCUACUGUAGAAAACUAAUAAACUGCCUCUGAAGGCGAACGGAAUGGAUAUCAACAGAGCCGACGGAGGCUCCUACACGGACAAUCUCAUUGGGACUUUGCUCGCUAUCUUUGGAAAUGUGCUCGUCAGCAUCUCCUUAAGUAUUCAGAAAUACAGCCACGUGACAUUAGCAGGGACAAAGGACCCGCGUGCCUUCUACCGCACUAAAACCUGGUGGUGUGGUUUUGUACUGACCUUUAUUGGGGAGGGAGCAAACUUUGUUUCUUACGGCUUUGCCCCCCUCGCUCUCAUAGCACCGCUUAAUGCUGUGUCUGUCCUGACAAGCUCAAUUUUGGGUCUUAUUUUUCUGCGUGAGAAAUCGAAGCCAAAGGACUUUGCAAAGCGCUAUGGGCUGUCCUUCCUGGGCUGUGUCAUAAUCAUAGGAGGAACAUACCUCUUUGUAGCAUUUGGACCAAAUUCUCAUGAGAAACUCAAUGCAGUGAACAUUGUGAAGCACAUUGUAGGAUGGCCUGUUCUCUUGUACCUGCUCCUGGAGAUUAUCACGUUCUGCCUGCUUUUAUACUUCUACAAACAGCGCAAUGCUAACUACCUUGUUAUUAUUCUGCUGCUGGUCGCUCUACUGGGCUCUGUCACAGUCAUCACAGUAAAGGCGGUGUCCAGCAUGUUGGUGCUCAGUGCCGAGGGCUCCAUGCAGCUUGACUACCCAAUCUUCAGCGUCAUGUUUGUGUGCAUGGUGGCGUCAGCGACCUUCCAAGCCAGAUUUCUCUCCCAAGCUUGUAAGCUGUACGACUCGACUCUGAUUGCCAGUGUCAACUACAUCCUCUCCACUGUCGUUGCUGUGGGAGCCGGAGCUGUGUUUUACCUAGAGUUUAAUAAUGACGACGUCCUUCACAUCUGCAUGUUUGUGUUGGGAGCUGCACUUUGUUUCUUGGGGGUCUUUCUCAUCACCAAAAACCGGAAAAAGACCAGGACCUUUGAGCCAUAUGUCACUAUGGAUAUGGCUAAUGGUGUCCCAACUAUUCAUGAUAAGGGCCUGGUGGUUCAGCCAGACUACAAUGGUUCUUUCUCCUACGGGGCUCUGGUCAACAACGAUGGAGUGGCUCCCGUGACUCUACCAGCCAACCUGGAACAACCACCGGUCAGCCCCAGAUCCAUUGAUGCAUCUCAUGGCCCGGCUGACCUCAAGAAAGAUUAGAACCAAAGAUUUUUUUGCCCCCCCACCUUUUACUCCAUUCAACUAUAAACAACAUUCAAGGACCUUAAAAGACCAAGGGGGGUUUGUUUAGUGCUUUUCACAUAUACACAAGACCAGCGUCCAUUCCAGCAGGAAGUGUCUGCUGAGUUUUUUUUUUGUUUGUUUUUUUUGUUUUUGGAUGUUCUCUUAUCACCUUGCACUCCUUUCCACAUCCUUUUGUUUUUGAAGUCUCUAAACAAGAAUGUGACUUUGAGAAGCAUUCCUUUUUUUGAGAAGAUGUCAACUGUAUUAAUUCCAAAAACAAACAGGAGAAACUUGAAGCUUCUGGAUGCUGUAGUGAAUUCACAAACACGGCCUCAGAGCGAAGACAGCAGAGUGCUUUUGCCUUGAAGUUUACUGCCUAGUACUCUGCAUUAGCUUUGAUAUGUACAGUAAGGACUCACUUCUAUGACUGUUUUUGUUCUCAUUCAAUUGUUAAUGAGAACAUAUAAUCUGUUCUUCCAUUGAGGACUGUGAAGUUACUCCUCCACUCCAGGUCUCAACAUUGUUAAAAUGUAGCUGCAGACUUUUUCAGAAUACCUGCCAAUGAACAUUUUGCCUUUAAAUAUCUGCCUGUAACUGUCUGACUUAUAUGAGCGGUUUUCACUCCACAGUUUUCUGCAUCUUGUUCCUGGGAUUUCAUUGUAUUAUUGCUUUUCCUAAUGUGACCAAACGAUGGGUGCAUUUGUUUUAAUUUAUUCUUAUGUAUUUAUUAAUUUCAAGUUUGCUUUUAAUAUGCCUUGAAAAGUAGCUUUACACUGGAUAAACUACUAUCAGGUGGUACAUAACCCAUGUAGAUGAGUGAUAAAUAACUGUGAUAGAUCAGUUAUCAAGGGCAACUGUCAGUGCCUCUCUGACUAAAAAUACUAAUCUGAAUCCUUUUAAAAGAGAAGUUAUAAUGCUUUGGACGACUCAAAUAGAAAGGAAGUGAAAAAACUUGUCAUGAAAUUACUGGCACUAUACAAUUAGUUAAACCUGUAUGUAAUUUUACAUUGGGUUUUAGGAAGUUAAAUAUUCCUAAUGAACAGAUUUAGAAAAAUCAAACUACGUGGUAAAUGUUGCUCAGUUACCACAUAUCCUUCUGGUACAACGUAUUACAAGUGUAACCUCAUGUUUUUACAAGCUGAAAAAUAAUGUUGCAGUAAGUGAAAUAUCUGUGUAUACCACACUUACAUUUUCCAUAAUCAAUGAGUAGCUGCUUAAAUUAGACACUUUUACAGAUUUAUCUUCUCCACAUGCAGCACUGCAUUUCUCCAGUGUUAAUAAAACAGAGAGCUACACAAGGGCUAGAUGCCUUAGCACAGUAUUCGGCAGGUGGUUAUUUUGCAGAUAUGGCCUGUGGUUGUUCACUCAAGCUCAACAACAUCACUGUGUAAACCAAACUGUUUCAUUCUUAUUGUCUUCUAAUGAAACCAGAGCAGCUUUUAAAACAGUUCACUGAUGCUGUGAAAGCUGUAACUUUUCCACUGUAAAUUAUAUGCAGUCCUGUGUCACAUAAAGUUAAUGUAAUCCAUUUGUA